UCAAGAAUUUAAUUACUAAUGUUACGUAAUGAACCAUAAUUUUACAUUCAUCCGUCCACCAAAAAACUUGCAAAAUAGUUCUGUCUUCCUGGUCUCUGCAUGAAUGCCACUCUUUGUUUGGGCCAUUGUAACUUCAGGAAUGGUAUGUUUUUUUCACAUUAGGAAUCAGUACGGUAUGUCGACACAGACUGCUUCUUUUGACAUUUUUGUAUUUUCUUCCUUGAGAGUUUUCGGAAUUACUCACAUGGGUUUGCCGCACCUGGAAACCGCCCCGCCAAUCGCAUCUUUAUUGUGUCGCUAGGAGGGGAUUGAACAGUUAGGCCGAAUGUGUAUAAAUACUCCGAUGAAGACGUUUAUCGCAGUUCACCGGCGUCGAAAGAGCUAAAUUGUGUCAACGUGGGGAUAAAAUGGGGAAUUGGAUUAUUAACAAUGGAUUGUCAGCACUCAUAUUGGUGGUGUGGAUGGGGAUAAAUAUAUUCCUGUUCGUCUACUUCUAUCUUUUCUAUGACCUGGGGGAGAGGUUUUACUACACGCGCCAUAUUCUAGGGGCUGCGCUUGCCUGGGCUCGAGCGCCCGCGGCCGUUCUCAACUUCAACUGCCUCCUGAUCCUGCUCCCAGUUUGCCGCAAUCUGCUCUCUCUUUUACGUGGUUCCUUCAUGUGCUGUGGGCGAUCAAUGAGAAAACAGCUGGAUAAAAAUCUCACUUUCCACAAAUUGGUGGCAUACAUGAUUGGCCUGAUGACAGCUGUGCACACCGUGGCCCAUUUGCUCAACAUGGAGUGGUUCAACAAGAGCAGACGGGGAGAGUACGACGAGCUGAGCACAGCCCUCUCUAGCCUGGGCGACGGCGGCGACGACGACGACGACGACCACGAGACCUACUUGAAUCCCAUUCGCUCCACCAACACCACACCCACCCAUGUGGUGUUUACCACCAUCGCUGGGGUCACAGGAGUCAUCAUCACCUUAGCGCUCAUCCUCAUAAUCACUUCCUCCAUGGAAGUCAUCCGCCGCAGCUACUUUGAGGUCUUCUGGUACACCCACCACCUCUUCAUCAUCUUCUUCGCGGGGCUAGUCAUCCAUGGAGCUGGGCGAAUUGUGAGAAGUCAAACUGUCACAGACCCACCACACAAUUACUCCUUCUGCAAAGACCGGGUAGAGGACUGGGGGAAGAUAAAGGAAUGUCCCAUUCCACAGUUUGCAGGAGGUUUCCCACAGACCUGGAUGUGGGUGAUCGGUCCCAUGAUCCUCUACCUUUGUGAGCGCAUCUUGCGCUUCAUCCGCUACAUGCAGACCGUCAGGUACAGGAAGAUUGUGAUCCGUCCGUCCAAGGUGCUGGAGCUCCAGCUGGUGAAGGCAGGUUUCAAGAUGGAGGUGGGCCAGUAUGUUUUCCUCAACUGCCCCUCCAUCUCCCAGCUGGAGUGGCACCCCUUUACCAUGACCUCUGCUCCUGAGGAGGACUUCUUCAGCGUGCACAUCCGAUCUGUGGGGGACUGGACCCAACAACUCAUCAGCAUGGUGGAACAGCUACCGGAGGGUGCCCAGGGACCUAAAAUGGCUGUGGACGGACCCUUUGGUACCGCCAGUGAGGACGUGUUUGACUAUGAGGUCAGCAUGCUGGUUGGUGCUGGCAUUGGCGUGACACCUUUUGCUUCCAUUCUGAAGUCCAUCUGGUACAAGUUCAAAGAGUCAAACCCAAAGUUGCGCACAAGAAAGAUCUACUUCUAUUGGUUGUGCAGAGAGACACAUGCCUUCGAGUGGUUUGCAGACCUUUUACAGGUGCUGGAGAAGGAAAUGGAGGAGAGAGGAAUGGGGAACUUCCUCACCUACAAACUCUUCCUCACUGGAUGGGACUACAGCCACACGGCUCAUGUCAUGGUUCACUUUGAUGAAGACAAGGACGUUGUGACGGGCCUCAAACAGAAGACCCACUAUGGGAGGCCUAACUGGGAUCGGGAAUUUGAACAGAUCGCCAAGGAGAACCCCACGUCGGUGGUUGGCACAUUCCUGUGUGGGCCCGAGGCACUGGCAAAGACCCUAGAGAAAAAAUGCAUCAAGUACUCAGAUGUGGAUCCUCGAAAAAUAAAGUUCUACUUCAACAAGGAGAAUUUCUGAGGACAGAAAAUUAGCAUAUUCAUCUUGAAGAACCUGCUCUUCUCUCUUUCAAAAUUACAUUUUGGGCAGUUGGUUGCACUACUUUAUCGACACACCCUAACCCGCAGCUCAACAGAUUCCGCUUGAAUAACUUUAGGUGCGGAGAUAUGAAUACCUUGUGAAUUUCUACUCCCAGGCGUUAAUGUGCUGAAGAGGGACCGGUGAAAGAUUAGGCCCGGGGCCUCCGUGUACAUCUCUUAAGAUUCUAACUGUCUAGACAUCACACACGGCAAGUUUGGCCCAAUCCUUCUUGCUUUGCCUUUGAACUCAGUUUCAGUGACCACAUGGCACAAAGUUUUCAGCUUUUAGGACAGAUUUAUGCUCUAGCUCUAUCAAUUAACCGAUGUAAUCAAUUUCAAAAUGAAUCAUUUGCCACAGUGCAAGGAGCACCUCAACUUGGCUUCACGAAAACCACAAGACUGCAAACAUUCCUGCAAAAUUCACAUUGAUAAAUACAUUACACACUUUGUUCAUUGGUUUUUUGUUCUUGUGAUUGUUUACAAAUUACAACUUUAAAACAA